GUAAAUAAAUUCAAAUCUUAGCUAUUUAAAAUCUGCGCGGAAAUGUUAGUAGCCAAACAAUUCAUAUUUGGGACCCUUCUUCUGGUGCUAGUAAACGUAAUUGCCGCGGAAUACGAUGUGGAUGGCGUAUGCACAUUGGUGUCAAAUGGCGUUCGCAUUGGCAGCAUCGAAUCUUGUCUAAAAUACUACAUCUGCAACAACGGCAAGGCUACAGCUUAUACCUGUCCUUCCGGCUCAAAAUUUAGCAAAAACUCGCAAACUUGUCUAACCGCAGCCAACGUCAAUUGCUAUUUUGGUGAAACAACACCCUGCACUGGCAAAAAUGGGGUGUUCGUGCCCAAAACUGGCUCUUGCAAUGGCUGGAUCUACUGUAAAAAUGGUCAAGAAAUCAGCAACGGCACCUGUAGCAACAACUUAAUUUUCCGCGAUGGCGAGUGUAUAUAUGGCGACUGUGCCAAUUCUGUGAACACACUGGAUGCAAGUUUUACCUCCAUCUGUCAGGUACUGCCGAAUAACAAAUACUUUGGAAGCACAAUGGACUGCACCAAAUGGCAAAUUUGCAGGAAUGAGAAGUUGAGUGGAGGUGUUUGCAAAGGUGAUUUGGUGUACGAAGUUGCAUCUGCUACUUGCUCCUACAAAACUGCAAGCACCUGUGCGCACGUCACUGGUGUCAAGGUGCAACCGGAUGUGGAAGUCUUUGGCAGUUGCACUGAGAAUGGCGCACUUAAGUCUACUGGCAUUUGCAGCGACUACUUGAAAUGUACAAACGGUCUAUGGACGCGCCAGUCUUGUACAAACAACUUUUUCUUUGACACUGUGAAGCAAACUUGUGUGACCCGUAAAGCUGCUGUGACAACAGAUUGCGAUCGUUGUCAAUUCACGAAAAAUACAUUCGCUAACGCUGUUGAUGUGGAAUGUCGCAAAUAUUUGAUUUGUUCAAACGGCGUCCAAAAGAGUUCCAAUUCCUGCGGUUCAGCCUACUACUUUGAUGAGAGCUCUCAAGCUUGCAUGAAAAUCAGUGGAACUGUUGAUCUCGCGGCAGUUAGUGGGGCGUGCUAUACAGCUCCUACAAGUGGAGCAGGUGAUUCUGAUACCAGUGGCGACACCAGCGGCAGUAACAGCAGUGAUGCCGCCAGCGGAGACACCAGUGACAGUGGUAGCAGUGAUGCUGCCAGCGGAGACACCAGUGACAGUGGUAGCAGUGAUGCCGCCAGCGGAGACACCAGCGGCAGUGGUAGCAGUGAUUCUGCCAGCGGAGACACCAGUGACAGUGGUAGCAGUGAUGCCGCCAGCGGAGACGCCAGAGGUAGCAGUGAUGAAACUGCAAGUAAUGCAAACACGGAAGCCUAGGAGCUGAAGAGUGGAACAAUUGAGCCGGUAAUAAAUCAUCCGAUCGUAAUGUAUAAACCAGAGGUUCCCAAAAUUGAUUUUCUCGUAGACACUUUCAAAACUUUACUGGUUUCGGUGGACCCCCCGAUGCCCUUUCUAACAUAUUUCCAAAGCUCAUAAAAAAAUGUGAAGAUUCGAUCUAACAGUGAAAAUUCGCAUCAUGGGUGAAUUCGGAGUGGCAAAAAUAAAAAUAAAAUAUUUUCUUGCGUUCUAUUUAUUUAAAUAACUUGACUACACACUUGCAAGUUUUAAAAAACAGAGCUCGUAAACUCAUCAAAGUUUUAUCUCGCCCUGAGGAGUUAUAUUUUUAAGAGCACUCCAUAAUCUCCUCA